AUGGCGGCCGAUAUGAAACUUGCAGGAUGCAGUUGCAGUGGUCCAGUGGACACGGUCGUUGACUUAAGAGGCCCGUUCAGCCGGCUCAGCCGCCCAAGGGUCCGUCCAGCAUCAAGAACACAGCGGGGCUUUCUCUCCCCUCCAGACUCCUCAGUCCUCUUCUUUUUGAGAAGAAAAGCCAAUGCACCUGUGGCCCUGAGCUUCGAAAAAAUUGCUGGAGACAAGCGCACCCCAUUAAUCAUUUUACAUGGUCUCUUGGGGAGCAAAAAUAACUGGAAGAGCAUCUCAAAAGCCCUGGUCCAUUCAACAUCAAGGACUGUUUAUGUACUGGAUGCCCGCAACCAUGGAGAGUCUCCUCACACACCCACCAUGACGUACCAACUAAUGGCAAGAGAUCUGAUUGCUUUCCUGCACUCAGAAGGUUUUUCUUCAGCCAUCGUGAUGGGUCACAGCAUGGGUGGGCGCACAGCCAUGGCAGCGGCCCUACUAGAUGCAGCCAUGAUUCGUGAGCUGCUGGUGCUGGAUAUCUCUCCUUUUGGGGUUUCUGAGAGCAUUUCCACAUUACCUCGCUUCGUAGAAAUGAUGAGGCGAAUAGAGUUGCCUUCACAUCUCAACUUGCCACAGGCUCGGAAAGUGGUUGAUGAGAUGCUACUACCAAUCGUGCCCGAAACUGGUGUGAGACAAUUCCUCUUGACUAAUUUAUACAAGGCUGAUGAUGGUUUCAAGUGGAAAGCGAAUUUGGAUGCCAUUAGCCUGUGCUUCAAUCCACACAUCUGCACCUUCCCUUUGGAUGAACUGCCCGGCCAGUAUGAAGGGCCGACUUCAUUUAUUGGCGGAGCGCUUUCAGAUUACAUCAAUAAGAGGGACAUCGAACGCAUACGGGAAGUGUUCCCAAGGUCCGAGUUUCACUUUGUGGAAGGCGCCGGCCAUUGGUUACAUGCCGACAAGCCUAAGGAGUUCAUCAGUCUCGUUUCUUCUAUAAUAAAAUAGGACGCAUCACAUGCGAAGGUGAUAAUUUUUUAUAGCUCAAUCUUUGUUUGUUCAUAUUGGAAUUAUACUAAUAGUCUUGUACUCCACGCUUCAAAUAUUUCUAUGUAAAAUAUUGCACGUUUUUAGCGCCUGCGAGCGAUCAACAUGAAUUUUGGGACCUGGCAGUUACUGAAAAAGUGAAUUAUUGUUUUUCAAUGAUCACUUUUGCAGUGAAUGUCUUGACCCUAAAUAUAUCUCUACUACUGGUGGACUGAACUCUAGAAUUCAUUUUGCUACUAGACGCUCGAGAUAUUACUUGACACCAAAGUUUGAAUAUAGUUGUACAUGUACAUAUUGAAUUGUGAGAGGGGAACAGAGGAAUAAAAAUAGCACUAAAUAAUUCAUAUAAAAGUAUCUGAACCACUUUAUCCAUAGAAUUUAUCGUAUAUAGUAAAACUGCUUGAAAAAACGCAUGUUAAUAGGUUAAACGCGUCUUUUGUGAUAAAAUGGCUCAUUAAUAAAUCGCCAUUAAAUGGUUUCUUGAUUUUUA